CGCGAGCGCGUGCUGCGGAUGCCGACCUCCGCAUCGCAGCCGAGUUGGGCGAGAGCGGCUGGGCCGUCCGCUGACGAAGCAGCCCUCAUGUGCUCCUCCUGUCGAUCUGCUGGAUGUGCCUAUUAUUUACAUAUAUAGACAUGCGCAACACACAUUCAUUACAAAUCAAUUUUGUUCAAAUUUUUGGUGUGUGCUACUAAGUUCGUCCGUUUUGCGAUGAUAAUAGUCUUAUUCCUCUGCUUUUGAUACGUCGGAAAGAUAAAGCAGCACGUCUCCUUUGGCAUUCGUAAACACCGAUCAAGUCCUUUUUACUUCCUCUUUGCUGGAAAGAGAGACAAAAAAAGGCAUGCCAAAUAAUAGAAGAGGCAAGGACGACUUGAGUGCCGUCAAAGAGGACUCCUCGAUAAUUAAUGACGAGCUCGACCUGCUAAUCGAGGACCUAAAUAAUUUUGCGGUGCUAGACGUCAAACCAAACCCAGGAGACUUCGAUAAGAUGCUCAUGGAUUUGGGCACGAGGUCUUCUGCGGCGCGGCGAGGCUUAAGGACCGAGGAAAAAAAUCUCCGCGACGCUGGAGCAGACGAAGGGGAUUUGGCAGGAGGGAGUGAGUCGCGGUGUAGUUCGCUCCAAGGAGGAAUCCAGGACUUCUCUCGCGAACACAGAAGCAAGUCGGCGUCAAAGUUGAAGGAAGACACCUUAAAGGAUAGUAAAAGUAAGGCGAAAACGGCGAGCCUGAGCAGAAAACCCUCACAUAGUAAGAGAAAAUUAGUGGAUCCGGCGAGUAACUCUAAGAGGGCUCUGAGACAGCAAGUUUCUGUGCGUGGCGAAUUACCAAAUGCUGAUGUGCAAGCUUUGGUUUCUCCUACCCAAUCUCGAUCUGAAGGUGCAUUGGUGGACGACAGUGCCAUACAGUUUGAGCUCUCUAACCUUCUCGCCUGCUUGGAGCAGGGUGACUUAGAAGAGGGAAAGCGGGACGUGGGUGACUUCGAUGACAAGAGGACCGCCGUGCUGGGCGAUUCUUCUCCGCCUUCUGGUUCGGAGACUGUAAAGUCUACCAAAGGCUCGCCAACUUUCGCGACAGAGAACGCUGUUCUUGACCACGACGCCCGAGACCGGAAAAGCCCCGUGAGCAGCCGCGUUCAGAGCACCACCGACGCCUCGAACCUGAAUCCGCUGUUAAUACAUAAUCCGUACGGCGACAACUCUCAGCACAGCUUGGACACCGUCUUGAAUACUUUGGCCGCCGAAAUGGUCGAACUGGACGAAUUCGACGAAAAACCAAAUAAAUCCUCUGAUCGAAUCGAUACCGGUCUCUCCACAAAAACUGUCGGAUUGAUUCCGAACGCCACGCCCAAAACCACAGUCCUGCCAGCUUCCGAUCCUGUGCGCUUCGACGACACUGACGCCCAAAUCGACAACAUGAUUCAGGCCUUUCAAAGCGAGACCUCGGCCUUGCGUACCGAGGACCAAUCCUCAGGCACCUGCUACACCUGUCACAAGCCCGUCUUUGGCAGCUCAAUCCAAGCGCUCGGUCUAAUCUACCACGUCGAACACUUUAUUUGCUCGAUGUGCGGGAAGCUGCUCGACCGAAGAAACUUCUACUCGAACAAGGGCACCCCGUGUUGCAAGUCCUGUAGCGCCUGGAACACCAGUCUUCAAUGCACAUCCUGUCAAAAACCUAUCAUCGAAAAGGCCAUCAACGCGUUCGGCAAGUGCUGGCACCCCCAAUGCUUCAGGUGCUUCAAGUGCGAGACGGUUCUCACCGACGACUUCUUUGACAUCCAAAGCGCGCCCUGUUGCAGGUCGUGCUACAGAAACUACUUCAGUCCGCGCUGUAAAGCCUGCGGCGAAGUCAUCACUGAAAACUAUUUGAACGCGCUCGGAGCGCAAUGGCACGACUAUCACUUCGUCUGUCGCGUUUGCGGUGUCAAGCUGGAGUCCUACUUUGAAAAAGACGGCUUUCCCUAUUGCAAGCAGCACUUUUCCAGCGAGGUGGGCAUCGUCUGCGCCUCCUGUUCCCAGCCCAUCACCGACCUCUACAUCGAGGCGUUCGGGAUGAAAUGGCAUUCUCAUCACUUCGUCUGCAACUUCUGCUCGACCCCGCUCCCUGGCAAGAAAUAUUUUGAAAAGCAAGGAAGGCCCUACUGUAGUUCCUGUACCAACAAGCUGUUCGGCACCUAGGAUCGGACGCCACUCGCGCAUGUGUACCGCCCACUUGUGGAAAGUUGCAGCGUAUCUCUCUCCCAGGCUCCGGUUUCAAUUCGCUUCGCGCUCCAGGAGCGCCCCCGCAUGCUCGGCCACCAAGCACGAGCCCCACUUCGCGCGCGCGACAGUGAGGGGCGCCUCUCGCGAAAGGAAUGCCCGGAAAUCUACGCUACAACCACUCUCUGGACCGCCUUGUCGGUGCGGUGACACCCCCGGACAGCACGCGCGCGGAGACGAGACUUUGAAGAGAGGCACGGUCAACGGAGGGGAGGGCCGUGCGUGUCGUGCGGCCUGAUUCCCCUGUCGUUCGUGCCUUGCCUCGCCCUUGUGUGUCAGUUGACAAAUAAAAAAAAACCCACAACAUGACACGUGUCAAUCGAGACAGAAAGUCCGCAGCACCGUGACAUGCCAGACGAUGUGCAUACAAAACUCACGGG